AUGGCCGCGGCCGAGGCUGCCGAGGAGGACCCAGGAGGCACUGCCGACAGCCUCGUCGGCACCCACACCUGGUCCAAGCCGCAGGGCGACAAGCAGCACGAGAACUUCAGGUAUAACAAUGUUCGAUUCCUGCAAGAGCAGAACAAGGAGGCGACCAAAGCGCUCGACCGAGUGGAGGAGGAGCGCGAUGAAGCCUUCGCGGCCAUCGCGCAAUGGGAGGAGCGGCGCCAGCAUAUCCAGCAGGAGUACCAAAAGCUCCAGCAGGAGCUGGCGGACACGGAGGAGAAGUGCAACAUCUCUGCUGCUGAGAUCCACAAGCGAGACGAGCAGAUCCGGGUCCUCUCCGAGCAGAACCGCUCCCUCCUGGACAUGCUCGAGGAGGAGGAGCGGACCGUCAAGGAGCGGCAAACCCAGGCACAAGAGCUCAUGAUCACGCAGGAUCGCCUUCAGAAGAUCUCAGACGAGUACAACCUCGUGAAGGCAACAGGUCAGCAGCAGCUGCUGGGAGCCUACAAUGAGAUCGCCAAGUUCGAGGAGGAGCUACGAAAUGCGCAAUCCGAGACGGGGCAACUCAAGGAGGCAGAGCGGAACUUCAGCGCUCAAGCCAAAGCUGACAUCGAGGCCUUGGAGUCCAAGCUGAAGGAGUCCAAAGACAUGAAUGUCCAGUAUCUCCAGCAGAUCCAGCAUAACGAGGUCUACGAGCAUCGUUUAGCAGAGGCGAUCAACAGACUUCGGGAAACUUUGGACGAGCUGACGGUCCAGAAGAAGGGCAUAAAGAUGCAGCUAGACAUGGAUGCUGACAACCGCGACAAGUGGAUGCAGAGUAAAGCCGAGGUGGAAAGACGGAAGGACGGCCUGGAGAAGAUGGCCGAUGCUUUGCGCCAGUCCUUGAGGGACGCCGAGGACCAGAACACGAAGAUGCAGGAAGAGAACAAGGCGGGUGCCGACAACUUCAGGCAGCUGGGCGAUAAGGUUUACGCCUUGAUGGACCAGCUGCGGCAGCACCAGACCGACCUCAAGAAGACGGAGGCGGCAGGUGUGGAGAAGCAGAAGAAGAUCGGCUCCUUUGAAAAGCAGUCGCAGAAUCUUCAGCAGCAGCUGCAGAUGGAGGUCGAUGCCAAGCUGGCAGCAGAGGCCGAAGCGCGAAAUGCCGCGCAGAUGCAGGCCCUGCUACAGAAGAAGAACAAGAUGCUUGAGGAGGCUCUCCAGCUCGCGCUGAAGGCGCAGGAGAAGGUGGAGAAGCGCCUCCUGGAGCUGCGCGAAAAGACCGAGGCGCUGCAGACACAGAACGACUACCUAGGAACGCGCAUUGACGGCAAUGAGGAGGACAAAGGUGCCCUCAGGUACGACCUCCGCAGGACCGAGGAUGAGCUUCGCCAGGCGACGGCUGUCAACGGCCAGCUCCUUCAGAAGAGAGUCGAAGUUGAAGACCGAUUCAACGACGUCGAGGCUGAGAAGGUGGCUGUUAAGGCUGAGUUGGACUACAUCAAGCGUGAGGACAUGCUGGAUGAGACUGGCCGCACCAAGCCAAUCCUCAUCGAAUCCGAGUCAAAGCUAAUAGAGCGACUUCAGAUUAACGAGUUCCUGUACAGCUCGCAGCAGGCGCGCAAUCCUGUGCCAAUGCUCGUGGAGAAGAUCACGCACUUGCUGGAGAUGUUGCACACUACCCAAGUGCAAUCAGACAUGUACCUCCAGGAUCUCCAACGGUCCAACUCCAUGCUCCAGGGCCUGCGGGAAAAGAACAAGAACCUGUACGAGAAGGUUCAGAUGUGCGAAACCUGGAAGAUGCGAGCCUUGCUGAAGAUCGCCUCGAAUGAGUUCGAGAUGAGGAGUUCAGUCAAGGGCCACAAGUCCAGCAUCAAGGAGGGCAAUGCUCUGUACCUGGAUGGCCUGCAGUACUCCAACAAGGAGAUUGGUGAGCUCAAGAAGCUCAUCCAGAAUUACAUGAAAGAAGAAAACGUCAAGGAAAUCCGCCUGCAGGACAACAACCUAGACAAGACUGCGGUGCCACUCAUUUGUGAGCUGCUGGACCUGUGUCCGUACCUCACGAAGCUGGACAUGCGGAGGAACAGGCUCGACAACGAUGCUCUGGCUGAUAUCCAGGGCUUCGUGGAGCGUAUCCCGGGCGUCACCACGCUGGUGAAGGACCCGGUGACAGGGGACCUGCGAGCACGCUCGGGAAAUCAGGUGCGGCUCGUGAUCCUCCUUGAGGACCAGAGUCCCCCUGACCCGGACAUGCCAGUGCCUGCAGACGACCUAGCAGAGGAUCAAGCAGGCCUCGUUGCAGACGGAUUCCUGGCUUCGGCUGCCGGCGUCACGUCGCAGGGACGUCUGCAGGGCCCCGAUGGAUCCGCGGGCGGCACGACACGCUCCAUGACUGUCCAACAAAAGCCAGGUGGUGCCGGAAAGCCGAUGGGGGAUGGAUCUCUGCCGCCGCUGUGA